AUGCAUCGCUUGGACAACGGCUCGCGCGAUGCUGUGCGAUUUCGCGGGACGGCGCCAUGCUGGCAGAGAUCCAAAUUUGCGAAAUGUCGUCCAAUUCUCACGCAGAUGUCGCAAAAACGGGUUCCUAUCGUUCUAGUGCAGGAGAUGGCCAAAACCUAUGAUUAUUUGUUUAAGCUGCUACUUAUCGGCGACAGUGGUGUCGGCAAAACAUGUGUUUUGUUUCGAUUUUCAGACGACUCUUUCAACAACUCGUUUAUCUCCACAAUAGGCAUUGAUUUCAAGAUUAGGACAAUUGAUCUCGACGGAAAAAAGAUCAAGCUGCAAAUUUGGGAUACUGCCGGUCAGGAACGUUUCCGAACAAUAACCACUGCUUACUACCGCGGUGCUAUGGGAAUCAUGUUGGUUUACGACAUAACGAACGAGAAAUCUUUCGACAACAUUAAGAACUGGAUUCGAAACAUUGAAGAGCAUGCAUCGCAGGAUGUUGAGCGAAUGAUUAUAGGGAACAAAUGUGAUGCUGAAGAUAAAAGACAAGUUUCACGAGAAAGGGGUCAACAGCUUGCUAUUGAAUAUGGGACAAAGUUCAUGGAGACUUCGGCAAAGGCCAAUUUGAAUGUGGAAGAAGCAUUCUUUAGCCUGGCAAGAGAUAUAAAGAUCAAAAUGGAGCGAGGACAAGCUCAUGCUGUUUCGCAGUCAGGUCGUGUGAAUGUGGGCCAGAGCCAACCGAAGAAAGGCUUCUUCAGUGGGUGGAGUUGCACCAUUCUUUAG